AUGGCACAGCACUUGUGUCCUCUCGCGAUUUCUGGGCUCAACGUAGCGCCAUUGAGGACCCUCAGCGAGGGCUUUCUCGUCCGGAGAGCCGCAGGUCCCCACGCCGAGCGCCGGUCCUGCCCGCGCGUGCGUCUCGCACGGGCCCGGGCCCGGGCCGUCCGGAGCGGCUUGCCCUGCGAGGCCUCGGUUCCAGUUGCCCUUCUGCUCAGCCGCGGCUUCGUCCUGGCACUCACCUGUGGAGCUGAUGGUGGCGCGCACGAGCGCCCCGCAGCUCUGGGGCAGGGGCUGGGGCAGCUGCCGUUGGACAGCGCCUCCGCCUGGAGAGAGCCCCGCGGGCGCCAAGAGGACGCCUGCCAGGCUGGAGGUGCCCGGAGGAACCCAGGCCCAGGCUGUCAGCCAGCCCCAGUGUGCCUGGGUGCCACGGCCUCUGGGAGCUGGGGCCGCGGGCACCUGCUCUCCCCAGAUGACGACUUCGACCAGUUUGAUAAGCCCGGCGCGGAGCGGUCAUGGCGACGGCGAGCGGCCGACGAGGACUGGGACAGUCUGCGUGUCCCCAGCUCCCAGGGCGUCACCAUCAGUCUGAACACCACCUCUGGCAUGGUCGCGUCGUUCGAGCUCUCUGACACCACCAAUGACCAGUCGGGAGAGCAGGAGUCCGAGUAUGAGCAAGGCGAAGACGAGCCGGCCUACCCCAAGCCGGACGGGCCGGAGCUGUAUGCUCAGGAGUACCCCGGGGAGGGCCAGUACGAAGGCCCCGACGCCGAGCUGCCCGAGGGCCACGUCGCGUACGUGGGCGAGCCGGAGGAGGAGCCGCUGUACCGCGACGAGGUGCUGGACAUCGAGAUCAACGAGCCCUUGGACGAGUUCACAGGAGGCAUGGAGACUUUGGAGCUACAGAAGGACAUAAAAGAAGAAUCCGAUGAAGAAGAUGACGACGAUGAAGAAUCUGGACGGUUACGCUUCAAAACUGAAAGGAAAGAAGGAACAAUUAUUAGGCUCUCGGAUGUAACUCGAGAGAGAAGGAACAUUCCAGAAACUUUGGGUAACUUCUUUUGCCUGUGUCCCACCCUUCCUCGCUCCCACUCCAGCUGCUCCGUAGGGCUGCUCAGACGGGCCGGCUGGGUGACGCGGACCCCAGGGUGUUCAGACGCGGACUCCGCGCCCGCUCAGACGGGCUGCGCGAGGCAGGCCCUGGGCGUCGGCCUGCGAAAGUCGCUGUGUGGCCGUCGAAGCUGUGUGAAUCACCGGGAACCGCAGCCGUUGAGCGCGUGGGCAGGGGCCUGGGCCCAGCGGGUCGGGGAGGCUGGAGAGGACCGCAGGCGCGGCCUGGGCGGGGAGCUCGAGGACGUGGGCUGCUCUCGGCCCUCGUCCUCCCCGGGGAGCGCGCGUCCAGGACCUUUUCUGGGAUUUAUGUCCCGGGAGCGCAAGACCUGUGGGUUCUGUGCAGAAACCUUGUGCCGCCGGAAGGAGGCCUGUUGCGCGGCCGGCGCCAUGCGGGCAGGCUCACGCCGUGACGACCGGGCCCCGCCGGGCCUGUGCCGUCGGCCCGGAGUCCGCUCGGCGGCCUGCUCGGCCUGCUGCCCGUUUGGCCAUGGGGACCCUUGUCGUCUUCGGCUGCUGUGCGAGACCCCGUCGGGGGCGUCGGUGCUCCGCUUCGGGCGUGCGCACCCCAGCGCCCGGAGCGGGGUGGUGGCCGGGUCUGUCGCGGCCCCCCCGGCCUUUCCUGGGGAGACGCUCUCUGUGGAGCACCGUGGAGCGCCAGACAAAGCCGGCGGCCCCCGCCCGCCGGGCCGCUUCCCCGGGCGCCUCCGCGUCUGCGCUGGCCUCGGGCCUUUCCCUGACGAGGACGAAGAGACCAGGCUGUACCGCUUGAAGAUCGAAGAGCAGAAGCGCCUGCGGGAGGAGAUCUUGAAGCAGAAGGAGCUGCGGCGCCAGCAGCAGGCCGGGGCCCGCAAGAAGGAGCUGCUGGAGAGGCUGGCCCAGCAGCAGCAGCUCCUCGGUGAUGGGGGGCCCUGGACUCCGCCGGGGCCAGCCAGGGGCCCCCAUUUGCGCUCUCGUGUGCGUGGGGAGAAGGGAGGGGAGAGCGACGGCUCCUUUCACCCGGAGACCCAGCCCCAGCGACUGCCGCCGCCCCCCGAAGUGAGACAGCAGCCGGCCCGCAAGGUGACGCUGACCAAGGGGGCCCUGCAGCAGCCCCAGCCCCCUCCAGGGGGCCCCCUCACGCACGCCGGCGGCCCUCCGGGCAUCAGGAGUGUCCAGGGAGUCCACCCGGCCAAGAAGGCGGCCGGCUUUGAGGCCUCCGAGGGCCCUGGCCUCUGA